GUCAAGCGCCGUUCAAGCCCCCCCGUCAGGGAUUCGGCCGGUAAAGAAGUCAUUGACGCUUUCUCGACCCACAUCAAAAGGGGUGCAUACGUGCCUUCCGACGGCACGUGUCCAAGGCGCUGCUAUGGUCCUUUGCGCCCGAACCAAACCAUGGUUUCUUUCCAGAUACUGGCCAGCCACCACACGGACAUCGAGUUCCUUGACACGGAUUCAACAUUCCCUCUCGGUGAAGUUACUGUAUACCUGGACAUGAGAGCAAGCUUUGAGGACCGUGGGAUCGCGGCCGAGUUUGUCUUCUGCGAGUCAGAGUUCCUCCUGAGGUGUUUCCGUGGGACGACGGGAGAGAGGGUGGCAGAGGUUGAAAUGAGCCUUGUUCAGGAGGUGCAGGAGAUGUGA